AUGUUAUUUUGUAAGAAGAUUUGUGAAAAACAGGUAUGUGUAGAGAUCAUCGAGAAUACUUGUCCAGAUAUAUUUUACGUUCCAAAUAUUUCACUUUUAUUUGGUCAUAUUUAUCUUGCUCAAACAAAAAAUGAAUCAUUAUCAUUGGCUUAUGGAGGUAUUGAAUCGCCUUAUUUAUAUUAUAAAAAUUUUCGUUAUGAUAAAUAUUUUGCUCAUCAUCCAAAGAUUUUAUUUGAUAAUGGAACAUGUUUUUCUCCUAAAGAGUUACUGUCUCUUAUGAUACUAGCUUAUUCAUGGAAACUAAAAUAUUAUAUGCCUUUAUAUAAUUUAUGCCGAGAACUUAAAGGAUAUAAUUGGUGUGAAGAUGAAUAUCUAAAUUUUCAAUAUGUUAGAAAGAAUAUUUCAUUUCAAACUAUUUGUUAUGGAUUUACUGAACUAUUGCCAAUAACUGUCGAAGAACGAGAUGAAACAGAAUGUGAACAAUGGUCAUGUAAUAAUAUUUAUACUCGUUGUGAUGGUUUAUGGAAUUGUCCUCAUGGUGAGGAUGAAAUUGGUUGUAAUUUAUCAUCAAUAUUAAAUUGUUCUUCAGAUCAACAUAUAUGUGUUUCACCUCAUACAAACCAAUUAAUAUGUUUACCUAUGAAGAAAGCAAACUAUGACAAGAUCGAUUGUCUUGGUGCUACUGACGAGCCAACAUUAUGUCAAGAAAGACAAUACGAAACGAAACAACAAAUGAAAUUUUUUUCACUCGACAUAAUGAACACAUCUGUCGAAAAUCAAAGAAAUAAUAUGAAAAAUUCCAUAUUUUCAAGUAAUUCUAUUAUUAAAAUGUCUCCUAAACAUGAAGCUCAUUAUCAUCGUGGUCUUGAUUUACGUGUUUGA